AUGCCUCGAAGCAAUCAGAAGUGGUGCGCUCAUCCAAUCUCUCAUCAAGGUGCAAGAAAGUCGGGUCCAGGCGCUCUUCGUCCACGCGGAACUCGACCUAUUGAUAAUGAUCUUGCCGCGUUCAUUGCACAAGAGUAUUAUCAAGCGAAUGCGAAUGUUGGAUUCACCCUAUCUGAAGGUGAUCUUCUAUGUCGAACUUGUUACGAGACAGAGUCAACUCGAUUUCAUAACCAUUUGGCCGUGGAAGAUGCUAAAUCGAGAGAAUCUGAUGGCAAACAUCCGCGACGCAGUAGUUCAAGUUUCUACAGCUCUGAUCUAGUGGAAGUAGAUGCAAUAGCAGUCGAUUCACCGGUCUUCUCACCGUUGUCUGCGGAAAGCGAAAGCAUGGCAGACACUGCCGAAAUGAAAUACAAGCUCCAACAGUCCAAAGAACUACUGAAUCAAAUAUUCCAGAUACUGGGAAUUCCGAAGAUUAGGGAUGUGUAAGUACAUCGUCGUAUCUUCCAUUUCUUAACUUGGUUCCCGUUUAGGCGACAGACAAAUCAACUAGACAAACAAGUGACGAUGGCUGUCGAACUGAUUCGAUCCGCAGCAGAAGCAUUGCGACACACGAAAGACAUCACCGAGCUCUCAAGUCACUCAUCGCUUAAACUCGCUGAUAAGGAAUAUCUUCUCGACGGUUUUAAGCUUUUGAUAAACUCCAGUGACAGAGACGACCAGAUUCGUCUUCUUACCCUGGCUCCACCUGAAUGGGACGAAAGAAAGUUGAGGAAUACUUCGAAUGCUCUCGCUAUCUGGCUCAGAAGGCCAUCUCUCUUCGUCACUCAUACGGCAAGCUGGCGGUACCUGUUGACUGGCGCGGCAAUACCCCUCUUGACCCACUCCUCGUACAAGAGAUCAUCGACUUCUACAGUGACGAUGCCAUCAGCCGCCAGUCUCCAAAUAAACAUGAUGUAAUUCACAUCCAAAAGAAUCCCGUUGCCAUUCGAUACAUGUCAAUGACUGUAGGCCAAGCCUAUCAACUCUUUGUACAACAGUUGCAAGCCAACCAGUCAUCCAGUUCUGUACAAAAAUCGAGGUUUUAUGCUCUUCGUCCGAAAUGGAUUAAGGUUAAGAAGCCACACGAUGUUUGUACUUGCAUCUAUCAUGAGAACUUCGAACUACUCCUUCAGGUAGAAUUCUACAUAUAGGAGCCCAGGAUCUAUUUUGUUUGAUAGGGUUGGAACAACCUGGAUGUCACUACGAUGGAUAUGAAAAGUCUCAAAGCUGAACGUGUGUGUACUUCGCAAACGGAAACAUGCUAUUUUCGAGAGUGUGAUGACUGCAAGUGGCUGCUGCCUGGUAGCUUUCUUUUCAGUGAGCUUCUGGGUUUGCAAAAUGUGACAGCUGAUGAUAGUGUUUCUUGGAUGACUUGGAAAUCAGUGAGCGUCUCCCUCUGUGCGUUGUCUACGUAUAACCUAAAGUUGAUUCUUUUCAGCCUGUGUCGUCGAAGAGGGUGGGCGAUGCUGAAGACGACCCGACCACAGUUGCAAAGAUCUCAAUGCAACGUGUCAGCUGCUCGAUUCAUGAUCUGCUUGAGGAGUUCGAUGUCAAGUGGGCAAAGUUUGCUGUCCAUCACUACUGCACUCGUCAACAGCAAGAAUACAUUAAAAAGAUUAAAGAAGAAGUUCAUGCAAAUAGAACAGCGGUAGUCCAAAUGGACUUUGCCGAAAAUCAUUCGCUGAUUGUUCAGCACGAGAUUCAGCAAGCUCACUGGACAACCCCACAAGCCAUCAUUUUUACGGUGCACAUCACUGUAGACAAAACCACUCACCACAGCCUCGCUUUUGUUAGCGAUCACCUUGACCAUAAUGUUGAUUUUGUUCAUGCUGCUCAAGGUGUAAUUGUUCAAUUCAUUCGUCAUCGCUAUCCCACCGUGAAACGAGUUAACUAUAUCACCGAUGGAGCUCCUCAACACUUCAAGAGCAACAAGUCGAUGCUGAAUUUGACUCAUCACGAGAGUGACUUCGGAAUCCCUGCCGUAUGGACAUUCUCUGCUACAGCACAUGGGAAAGGUUCAGUUGACGGGAUCGGGGCGGCUCUGAAAUACCGUGCAACUCGUCGAGUGCUCAGUGGGCGACGAGCAGAUGCCAUACUAACGCCACAAGAGCUUUAUCAAUUCGCCUCAACCGACACCAAAAUCAACGUCUUUUAUCUCAGCCGGCAAGAUAUCAAGCAAAACUCUGAGUCUAUGAAUCUGAGCAAACGGCUGACUCAAAAGGCUGUCAAAGGUCAGAUCAUCCUUUCUGCCAUUGAUAAAAAAUUUCCUUCCUUUUCUGACAGGCUGGAUUCACGGACUUCGUAGUUUUCAUCAAUUCGAUCCUUUGGCAGUAAAUCGCAUCAACUGCCGUAAAACAUCCAAUACCUCAGACAUAAAAACAUACACACGUUAACACGUUCUGCCGCGGUUUCUUCUUCUUAUACUUGCAAAAAACGGCUUUUGUAAGAGUUAAAAUAUUAACGUUGCUGUACUGGUCUAUAUAGACAUACGUAUCAAUGCAAAAUACCAAAAAACUCAAGAUAGUUCUCCAGAGAUCUUCGUAGAAUCUCGAUGGAUCUAAGCGAUCUUCUACGUACUGCUACGGCACGAUCUAUAAAACGAAGUAUUUUCAGAUAUUUUUGAUUGAAUUUGACCAACAAAAAUUUAUGAUGUACCAAAAACCCAUGUUGGUUUUCUGGAAGCCCUAUUUCAGGGAAACCUCACUCCCCCCCCCCCACCCCCCCCCCCCCCCCGCC